CCCUGCAGACCAUUUUUUAGGGUUCCUCCGGGCGCGGUGAUGGAGGCUUCGUAUCAGCGCUUCCCCACCGUCCGGAUUCGCGACCUCAAGGAUGAUUUCCUCAAGUUCGAGCUGCGCGAUACCGACGCCAGCAUUGCUAAUGCGCUGCGCCGUGUGAUCAUUGCCGAGGUUCCGACCCUGGCGAUCGACCUGGUGGAGAUUGAGGCGAACUCGUCGGUCCUCAAUGACGAGUUCAUCGCGCAUCGUCUAGGUUUGAUUCCUCUCACCAGCGACAAGGCCAUGGAGAUGCGCUACUCGCGGGACUGCGACGAAUGCGACGGCGAUGGAAGGUGUGACUACUGCUCGAUCGAGUUCACGCUGUCCGUGAAAUGCACAUCCGAGGAAACGCUGGAUGUUACCAGCCAUGAUCUUCAAAGCUCGGAUUCACAAGUUGUGCCAGUGGACUCGAUUGGACACGACCCGGACAUCGAAAACUUCAACCAGAAAAAGGGCAUUCUCAUUGUAAAACUCCGGAAAGGACAGGAGCUCAAGCUUCGUGCCAUUGCCAGGAAAGGCAUUGCCAAAGAUCACGCCAAAUGGUCGCCAGCGGCAACCGUGACGUUUCAGUAUGAGCCUGACAUCCACAUCAAUGAGAAUCUCAUGGAGACGCUGAGCGUGGAGGAGAAAAGAGAAUGGGUCGAUAGCAGCCCAACCAAAGUCUUUGAGAUCAAUCCAGAGACGCAGCAGGUGGAAGUGAUCGACCCAGAGGCAUACACUUAUGAUGACGAAGUGAUCAAGAAAGCCGAAGCCAUGGGAAAGCCUGGCCUUGUGGAGAUCUAUGGCAAGGAGGACAGCUUCAUCUUCACAGUGGAAUCCACCGGAGCGAUCAAGGCUGCUCAAAUGUUCCUGAAUGCCAUUGAGAUCCUCCGCAGCAAGCUCGAUGCGGUCAAGCUCAACUUUGGAAGCGACGAGGCAGACGAGCAAUUUGGAGAUCUUGGAGCACACAUGCGUGGCGGCUUCUAAAGUUGAGCUCGAUAGGUUUGUAAAUUUUCUGAGGUAGAGAUUUUCUAGUGGUUUACUGGUAGCUAGGAAGUAUGCUCCUUUCUUUGCAGUUUGAAAAGAGAGACAAUUGCUGGGCACAUUCCUAUGGGAGACAUGCAGAGAUCGCGAAACAAAAAGAAACGAGAUACUCCAGCUGCUGAGAACACGACUGUGUCUGAAGCUUUUUCUCUAGUUCCGGAGCAUGUUGCUCUAAGCUUUUUCUCCGGAGUCUCAGCACGAAUCUAUUUCUCUAGAUCACGUUGGUUGCUUAGCCAAGUAA